UUACUAAUCACAAUUCAUGGCUCGAAUCCGUCGCUCAAGAGUUACAUAAAAAUACUAAAACUAUUCUAAAUAUUUACCGAAAUCAAGAAGAUAUUUCAAUAAUCCGAAGUGGCACAUUUGGAAACGCAAAACAAGCAACUAAAAAUCGGAAUUUGAUUCAUUGA